GAGGAAACGAGACUCCACGUCACGGAGGUGUAACACUGGCGUCAGUGCCACACAAGGUGCUACCUCAGUACGGCUUCAGGGCCAUUGCACACUUACGGAAAUCCCCAAUGUAGGUUAUAAUAGCACGUGUGACCACAAAGCGAGGAUCUGUUCAGCUGUUUCUGCGCCGGGCGGCCUCGGCAGAGACGCUGGGAAUCCGCCGAAAGAGUGCCUCACUGCCUCAGCUUCUAAAUGGGUGAAUCAGGGUCACGUCGUUCCACACUUGUGUCCCGCCUGCCCAUCUUCCGCCGCAGCAGCAAUAAGAGGCAGGAGUCUCUCCCCUCCUCUCCAUCUUCAGGUGGAGUGGGAAAUGGCGUCCACACUUCUUCGCCCUCCAGCACUAACUCCAGUUCUGGCAGUACCGGGAAACGCCGGAGUCUUUUCCGAACUCCGUCUCUCAGUUUCACAGCUAAACGGAACAGCGAUCCACGUGUCCAGCCAAUCAACCUAAACCUCACACCUCCACUGACACAGGGUGCUGACGCAAAUGGAAAUAACCAGCAGACGAUAACAGCGUCAGUGUCCACCGGGUUCAGUGACGGUGGUGGACGCCCCAAGUCCCGCCACUCAUUUGGGUUCGGCAGCCACAGGCAAAAGAAAAUCACACGUUCUCAGACUGAGGAUUUUGACAAAGCAUCCUCUUCCUCCUCCACAGCCAAUCGAAAUGUGUUUAUAAACUGCAUCAGUGGCUCAGGGGCCAAUGAGGGCGACGACUCUGGGUUCCUCGAUGACUACAGUGGUGGCAGUAAUAACAAACGAUCGUCACGCCAGAAGAAGCCGCUGCUGCCCAAAUCUUUCUCAGCUCACCACCGCUUCUCCCGGACCUCCGAUCACCACAGACCUCCAGAGGUGAAUGUGGAACCUCCAAGCUCCGCCACCAUCACUGCAGGUGCAGGAGGGCUCACCCCGGGGUCAUGGCCAGGUGAGCUGCUUGGUGCCGCUGGUGAGAGCUCACUCCAGUCCCCAUUGAUAUCAGAAGACCGAACCACAGCCAUCACUCCUUCAGAGUUCGUCCACAUCACAGAGGAUUCUGUGUCUGAGGUGGAUGCUCUGCCAGCUCCUAGCCCCGGAUCUGGUUUAGCCCCUGGACCUGUCUCUGUGCCUGGGCUGGCUACUGACAUAGCUCUACCUGACCCUCCACCUGCUCCAGAGAGCUUCAGUGUGGCUGUCUCUACCUCCAAGGUUUUUUUCACUCCAGCUCAGUCCAGCGCUGAAAAACCCUUACUCCCUGACACCAGCACAGCCAACAACACCGAGUAUGAGACUGCCAUUUCCUUCUCAGAGCCAGAGACAGCUGUGCCCUGCCUACCUCUGCAGGAACAAUCAGUGGAAGAGAGGAAGGAGAGGGAGGAGGAGAGAAAGGAAGCGAGGGAAGAGGUGUCAGCAGAGGAGAGGAAGGAGUUGGUGGAGGAGAGCAAGGCGGGUUACCUCACAGAGACCACAAGUGAGAGCGAGGCAUGUGUGGUACGCAGUGAGGGUUGUCACUCAAACCCAGAGCAAUCGGAAAGGAGGGCAAGAAACACGCUUUCUCUGCAAGAAAGAGGAAGCUUCUGUGGCUGCCACGAACCCAGGUCAUCUCACUUGAGGAAACCACAUGCAGCCUCUCUGUGUAGCAGUGUCAGCCCCUAUCAUGAGGUGAUGCGGAUGGAAAGGCGUCUACGCUCCUCGUCUGAGGGGGCAGGUGGGCCUCGUAUCCAUGGAAACCACAGAGAUGCCCCAGCCAUAGAGGGAUGUGGUCUGCUCAAACACAGAAACAACUCCUCAUCUUCCAAACUGGGAAGUCUGGAUGUAUUAAACAACCUGGGUUCCUCAGAGCUGGAUGAAGAUGAUCUCAUGUUAGACCUGGACCUCUCUGACGAUCAGCGACAUCGACAUGUGUCCAGAGAAGACUCCAGCCAGUCCCUGGCCUCCUGUCUCAACCUGCUCCCCUCCCCCAUGGACCCAUCAGGAGAUCGCAUCCCGGGGAAAGAAAACAAUCAGAGGGAGCCCAGCCGUCCGACCAGCCUGGUGCCAGCUGACUGGAGCUUGGGGCUGGGUUUGGGGAGGGAAGAUGAGUCCUUACCUCCAGGGCUGGAGGCCCUUCCACUCAGACUGAUGCAGCAGGACUGUACUGCUGUCAAAACUCUGCUUUUAAGACUAAGACGGACACUGCAGGAGAGCACUGAGACGAGUCCUGCCAGCAGCCUCCAGUCUCUACCCAUUAGCCCUUGCAGUGAAAAGUCCCUUCCAUUUAAGGAUCCUGGCAGAGAGGAGGCCUUGCUGCAACAACUGAGGGAGAAAGACGAGCUGAUUAUCAGGCUCCAGAGCGAACUGGAGAGUGCCAAAGCUGCCCUGAGGAUUAAAGACUGCCAAAUGACUGACCGCAUAACACAGACAGAACACAUGGGGACAGAGACCAAUCAUCUAGGCCGGUGGUCAGGAAUAGGCAGCAGCAGCAGCAGCUUGGCUCCAAGGGACCGAAGGGUAGUGCGGGGUGUGGGGGCAGCACUCGGAGGGGACCUCUCUAACCAGCACCUCCCCUAUCACUAUCCAACUCUGCACGGCCAGCCUCCUGCUUCUGAGCGACACACUGCCAGGGAGGAGCGCCACUGCCAGGGGUUCUUGGCGCAGUCCACAACCCGUAACCCAGCUCCAAAUGUGGCUCCAGGCUCCUCCAGCCUGUCCUCUGCCAUUUCUGCAGUGUCAGCCCAAGCCUCACCUUCUCUUCAAGCCCUGCUUCAAGUGUCACACCAGGGCCCGAGUCCAAAUCAAUGCCCAGGCUCCGGUUUGGCGGCUGCUAAUCACACCGCAAUUCCAUCUCUGUCCUCCAGGCAGCCAGAGGGGGUGUCCUCCUCUUCUGAGUCCUUAACUCCAGGAGGAGGAGGUGGAGUGAGUCUGUCAGGUGGAGUAAGGAGAGGAGGAGGAGAGCACCAUCCCCCUAGCCAUAUCCCUCGUGCAAUCGGGGCCAGCGCCUCUUCAAGCCUCCACAGUUUUGCAAGCAGAGUAAGCCUGUCUCCAAGCAUCUCUUCGUCCGACCAAGCCUCCCUUCCACCUCCUACUCCCUCCUCAGCCUCGUCUUCUUCCUCUUCAUCCAUCACAUUUACGGGUCGCUUAGGACAACCACCUCGAGGCCCUCUGUCUCUGCAUAGCUACAGUCGUAAAAAUGUCUUCCUUCAACAUUCCCUACAUACAGCCGAACUGCAAGCUCUGACGCAGAGAGACAGUUGAGGGCACACAAACAUUUACACCAUCCCAACCAUAAGCAGCCGUAUCACUGACUUAUUGUAACAAAAUGUGUGACUUUAUAGAAAAACUACUGCUCCUUGGUAUAAGUUGCUUGUGUUUCACUGUCUCAAUUUCCCCGAAUCAUGAACGACACAUGCGUACAAUCACACUUGUCUCUCUCCAUAGUGCAGACCAACCCCUUGCUGACAUUUUGUUUGUAGAUUUGCUCGCUUCAACACACACUCAUUUGCAAGUGCACACACACACACACACACACACACACA